AUGGAAACAACGACUACGAAAGAUGUUAAGCGGGAGUUAAUGAUCAUGUUUAGUUGGUAUGGCAUUCAAUCCUUCUUGAAGGCCGAUAACGCGCCACAGAUUAGUUCGGAUUGUGAGGAAUUUCGGGAGUUUUGUUCGACUAACGGAAUUAAGCUGCUGAACACCAUACCAUACUGGCCUCAAUCCAACGGAGAGGAACUCGGGAAGAUUAGGAGAAAUGAGCUACGGCUGUACUUACUAACAUAUCAUUCCUCCAAGCAUCCAACCACAGGAAAAUCUCCAGGAGAAAUGAUGUUUGGACGUCCGAUUAAAAGCAAACUACCGGCCAUUUCAAACUUUCCUGAAGACGAAGAAGUGCGCGAGAGAGAUGCUCUCAUCAAAGAAAAGGGGAGAGAUUAUAGUGGCAGAAAGCGGCAUGCAAAAGAAAGCGAUAUACGACAGGGGGAUGUUGUACUCGCUAAACGGGUGCGCAAAGCGAAUAAAUUGGACACAGAGUUUUCGAACGAAGAGUUCGUAGUUCAGUGUAAAGAGGGGACUGAUACCCUUAUACAGUCGAAGCUCACUGGUAAAAAAUACAGGCGUAGUUUGACGCACCUGAAGAAGAUAGAAGACCAAGAAACCUUACAGGAGACUCACAGCAAUGAAUUACGAGAUUUUCCGGAUCUUAUGUCGUCAACGGCUCAACAUGAAUCCGGACCUAUGACCAAUAAAUCAUCCUAA